UAGUUUUACCGCUGUACCGCCAUGUUACUCGUCUCGACGCUUUGACAGUGCUCUGUGCUCAGGGUGGAGUUAAAUAUCAUUUCUCGCAGGAAGACUCCCACGCAAAGCCCUUUUUAGGGCGACAACGGGGUAAUCAUGGCAACUGAUAAAGUAACACUUGGAGAUGCAUUAUCCAAUGUUGAUGUUCUUGACGAGUUCACAUUGCCUUAUGAGCAGCCUUGUAUUGAGGCACAACCAUGUUCGGUUGUAUAUCAAGCUAAUUUUGAUACAAACUUCGAAGACAGAAAUGGUUUUGUUACGGGUAUUGCUAAAUAUAUAGAAGAGGCAACAGUUCAUGCAAGUUUGAAUGAACUGUUAGAAGAAGGAUUGGAGCAUGCUGUUAUGCUUUAUACUUGGCGAUGUUGUUCAAGAGCUAUACCACAACCAAAAUCCAAUGAGCAACCCAAUAGAGUUGAAAUUUAUGAAAAAACAGUUGAAGUAUUAGCACCAGAGGUUAACAAGUUAUUAAAUUUUAUGUACUUUCAAAGGAAAGCAAUAGAGAGGUUUUCAGCUGAAGUAAAACGCUUGUGCCAUCAAGAGAAACGAAAAGACUUUGUUUCUGAAGCUUAUUUAUUGACAUUGGGUAAAUUCAUUAAUAUGUUUGCUGUUUUGGAUGAACUAAAAAAUAUGAAAUCUAGCGUAAAAAAUGAUUAUUCCACAUAUAGAAGAGCUGCUCAGUUUUUAAAAGUUAUGUCGGACUCUCAAACUCUUCAGGAAUCUCAAAAUUUAUCAAUGUUUCUGGCAACACAAAAUAAAAUUAGAGAUACAGUUAAGGAAAAUUUAGAAAAAAUUUCAGGCUACGAGGAAUUGUUAGCAGAUGUAGUAAAUAUAUGUGUUCAUAUGUUUGAAACCAAAAUGUAUCUUACCCCAAAUGAAAAGCACAUGUUAGUUAAAGUCAUGGGUUUUGGUCUUUUCCUCAUGGAUAGUGAAUUGUGCAAUAUCAAUAAGUUAGACCAAAAGAAAAAAUUGAAAUUAGAUAGGAUCGAUAGAAUUUUUAAAAAUCUUGAAGUGGUGCCACUUUUUGGAGAUAUGCAAAUUGCUCCAUUCAACUAUAUUAAACGAUCAAAACAUUUUGAUGCUUCUAAGUGGCCAUUGUCAUCAUCAACAAAUAGUAUAAGCCCUCAAUCUGAUCUAAUGGUUCAUUUACCUCAAAUUCGUGAAGACCACGUGAAAUAUAUUAGUGAAUUAGCAAGAUAUAGUAAUGAAGUAACUACGACAUACAAAGAUUGUGGAAGUGACUCUGAAAACAGAGACACUGCUGAAUUAGCUUUGAGAGGAUUGCAAUUAUUAUCUGAAUGGACUAGUGUUGUAACAGAGUUGUACAGUUGGAAGCUUUUACACCCGACUGAUCACCAUAUGAACAAAGAGUGUCCUCAAGAAGCUGAAGAAUAUGAAAGAGCCACGCGUUAUAAUUACACUGAUGAAGAAAAAUUCGCGUUAAUUGAAGUAAUAGCUAUGAUCAAAGGUCUUCAAGUUUUAAUGGCACGAAUGGAAACAGUAUUUGUCGAUGCAAUUCGUAGAAAUAUAUAUGCUGAAUUACAAGAUUUUGUUCAGUUGAUGCUUCGCGAACCUCUACGGAAAGCAAUAAAAAAUAAGAAAGAUUUAAUUAGAAGUAUCAUCGUAUCUGUAAGAGAAACGUGCGCUGACUGGCAUUUUGGUGUAGAACCUACAGCGGAUCCUGCUUUGAAAGGAAAGAAAGAUCCAGAUAAUGGAUUUGGUAUUAAAGUUCCAAGAAGGAAAGUUGGUCCAUCCUCAACUCAACUUUAUAUGGUGCGCACGAUGUUAGAGUCAUUGAUUGCAGACAAAAGUGGUGGCAAGCGAACGCUCAGAAAGGAUAUUGAUGGACAAUAUCUUGUACAAAUUGAUCAGUUUCACAAAACUAGUUUUUAUUGGAGUUAUCUAUUGAAUUUUAGUGAAUCUUUACAAAAUUGUUGCGACUUGUCACAACUAUGGUACAGGGAAUUUUAUUUGGAAAUGACCAUGGGUCGUAAAAUACAGAAAUGCCAAGUUCGACACCAACAUAACGAAGAAUGCAGCGAUUUGAUCACCAUGGAGAAGCGCAUUCAGUUCCCAAUUGAAAUGUCAAUGCCAUGGAUUUUAACCGAUCACAUACUUCGAAGCAAAGAGCCCUCAAUGAUGGAGUAUGUAUUGUACCCGUUGGAUUUGUACAACGAUAGCGCUUUGUAUGCGCUAACAAUUUUCCGGAAACAAUUUCUCUACGACGAAGUGGAAGCGGAGGUUAAUCUGUGCUUCGAUCAGUUUGUUUAUAAGCUAAGUGAACAGAUAUUCGCCCACUACAAGCAGCUUGCAUCUAGUAUUUUAUUGGAUAAAAGAUUCCGAGUAGAAUGUAUUGCUGCUGGUGCUUACAUUUUAUCUUAUCCCCGUGCCAAUCGGUACGAAACUCUUUUAAAGCAGCGAAAUGUUCAAUUACUUGGUAGGAGUAUCGAUUUAAAUAAGUUAAUUACACAGCGAAUCAAUGCCGAUAUGCAGAAGUCUUUGGAUUUAGCUAUCAGUAAAUUCGAAUCUGGAGAUAUUACUGGAGUUGUUGAAUUAGAAGGUUUAUUGCAAGUCAAUCGUUUGACACAUAAGCUCCUAACCAAGUGGCUAGCGUUAGAUGAAUAUGAUGCCAUGUUUAGAGAAGCCAAUCACAAUGUCCUAGCACCAUAUGGUCGUAUCACCUUGCAUGUAUUUUGGGAAUUAAAUUAUGACUUUUUGCCGAAUUAUUGUUACAACGCUGCUACUAAUAGAUUUGUGAAAUGUCGUGGUCUUCAAUUCGUACAACCAGUCCAUCGCGACAAACAUCCACAAAUGUCUCAUCACUAUCUCUGGGGUAGUAAACAAUUGAAUCUCGCGUACAGCACGCAAUACGGCCAGUUUACCGGUUUCGUUGGUCCAUAUCACUUCCGCACGAUGUGCAAACUUCUUGGCUAUCAGGGUAUCGCUGUCGUAAUGGAAGAACUUUUAAAAAUUGUCAAGUCUCUCAUUCAAGGCAGUCUUUUACAAUUCACUAAGACCCUAAUGGAAGCCAUGCCAAAAGUUUGCAAGUUGCCGAGAUACGACUACGGAUCACCGGGUGUUCUUGGUUAUUACCACGCACAAUUGAACGAUAUUGUGCAGUAUCCAGAUGCCAAGACUGAAUUGUUUCAUAAUUUCCGUGAAUUUGGGAAUACUAUUCUGUUUUGUUUGCUGAUGGAACAAGCUCUUUCACAGGAGGAGGUUUGUGAUUUGAUGCACGCUGCACCUUUCCAAAAUAUUUUGCCUAGACCCUACUGUAAAGAAGGAGAAAAACCAGAAACGAAGCAAAAGCGAUUAGAAGCCAAAUAUGGAGCACUUCAGAUUGUGCCAAAUGUAGACAAGUUUGGAACAGCAAAGCAAGCAAUGAUUGCCAGAGAAGGAGACUUAUUAACACGUGAAAGGCUCUGUUGCGGUUUGUCAAUUUUUGAAGUUGUAUUAAGUCGACUGCGUAGUUUUUUGGAUGAUCCAGUUUGGGUAGGACCGCCACCCGCCAACGGCGUGAUGAAUAUAGAUGAGUGUACUGAAUUUCAUAGACUUUGGAGCGCUCUUCAAUUUGUCUAUUGCAUUCCAGUUGGAGAGACUGAAUUUACAGUAGAGGAAUUGUUUGGUGAAGGCUUACACUGGGCUGGGUGUGCAAUGAUAACUCUUCUUGGCCAGCAACGACGAUUUGAAGCUUUGGACUUUUGUUACCACAUUUUAAGAGUGCAACGUGUUGAUGGAAAAGAUGAACAUGUCAAAGGAAUUCAUUUGAAACGUAUGGUUGAUAGAAUCAGGCGGUUUCAGGUAUUGAAUUCCCAAAUAUUUGCCGUUUUGAAUAAGUAUCUGAAGAGCGGUGACAGUGAUGCUUCCAGUGUGGAACAUGUAAGGUGUUUUCCACCGCCAAUACAUCCAUCAUUAGCCCAUGUCCAACAACAUUAUCAUGCUCCGGAAUAUUUACGACAAAUCAAUCAUUCGUAAAUGGCUACAAAUCAAAUUUUAGAAGGUUUAUUAUCUAUGCUCUUUUACCAAAACUAGGUAAACCAUCUGAAUUAGUGCAAAAUACGUUAGACUAACUCCUUACGUUUAUGCAUAAUCUCUUUUAUAUGCAAUAGUUUUUGAUCAUAGCAAAUUUUUAGAUUUAUACAUGUUUAUUUACUCGCACUUCUCAAUUCAUGCACACGCACUAUAUUUAGAGUAUUAUGCGUAGGUUAUUUUAUAAUAAUUAAGAUACAAGAGCGGGAAAGUAGAUUGUUAUCUCAUGUGAAUUUCCGCUUCGUCGGACGUAAAUGACACAUGAGACGGGAAUCUCUUUACCAAAUAUGUAUCAUACGAUAUUUUUUGAUACGACAUGUGCAAAGUUCGAUUUUGAGUGCACGUUUUUGGCUGAGCGUGCAUUGUACUUUGUGCAUGUGGUGUCAAAAAUGCAUUUUUUAAGACGGGUCACGGUUGAAUAAAAUAUUUUAUAACGCUUUUCCAAUAUUUUGAAAUUCGUAUUUUGAAAAUUUCUAUCGGUGAAUUUUUUUUGCCAUUAGUGCAGUUGAUUGAGUUCAUAUUUAAUCAAACUGAUAUUUUUGUGUAUGUAAUAUAAUUAUUAAUUGAAUUAAAUUGUUACAUUUUAUCCCUAGAUGUUAAGAAAAAUUAUAAAUUAGUGGUACGAAUUUCAUAAGUUAUUAAAAAAAGAAAACAAGAAAAAAAUUGCACAUUUGUAAUACUUUUCAGUAUAUUGCUACAAAGUAUUACCCUUGAUGGGAAACUAUUUUUAUUUUUUUUAUGAUAAGAAUAUUUGUUAAGCAUUUAUGAUGUAAAUACAUUUAUAAAAACUUCAUUGUACUACCAAGCAUUUUAUAUUUG